AUGACCUUUCCAAGCAAAGCUUGUCGUACGUGCAAGCAACGUCGAGUCAAAGUGAGGGCCUCAAGACACAAGCAUAGCUUCAAAGACUCUGCUAACAAAAGAACAGUGUGAUGAAACUCGUCCGACUUGCAACCGACGCCAGAAGGCUAAGAUCUUUUGCCGAACGCCAGAAGAAGACAGCAAGUAUAUAUUCUUGAGCGAGAAUGAAUAUGCUGUCGGUGAAAGGAAACGUCCACGAGGGCCCAAUGUGAACACACCCUCCAACUCCACCUCCACAGAGCGGCAAGAACUCUCCAAUACCCCAUAUUAUGCUUUAAUACAAGCUAGAAAACGACAGAGCCCUACAAUUUCGCCAACUUUACACGAUUCUCUGGAUGAUCAAGUCCUUACUUACUAUUCAAAUUUCUGGGUCGAAGCACCUGAAUAUCUGCCUGAAAUUGCGGAAAGCCACUUGAAGUACAUCACACCAACCGUGUGUUAUUCCCAGCCUGAGUCAAUUCUCAGUUUAGCAAUAUCGGCCGUAUCACACGCCACAUUUAGUCGAGCUCGGAAACGCCACGAUGCUUUGGCCGUGGCAAGUACGAAGUACUCAAAGGCUCUGUUAAAUAUGACCUAG